UUAUUUUCAUCAUUUUUUUUAAAUAAAUUUGAUUUGAUUAUAUUCAUACUUAAAAUUUUGGUGACAAAUCUUAAAAAGCCGACAAAGGGUCGUCGGAUUAGAAAUAGAAAAGGAAGGAAAAAGGAAGCAUGUGGGCUUCCCGUGCUUCACUCUCGGUGUGUAAUUGUAUUAGAUUAAAUAACAAUUAAGUGGGAAGGAAUGGAGGAAACCAACGCAAGAAGCAAGUUCACUAGGAUUUGUGUCUUCUGUGGAAGCAACGCUGGCCACAGGAAAGUCUUCAGUGACGCUGCUCUUGAAUUGGGAAACGAACUGGUGCAGAGGAAGAUAGACUUGGUGUAUGGAGGAGGAAGUGUUGGAUUGAUGGGUUUGAUAUCCCAGACAGUGUAUGAUGGAGGAUGUCACGUUCUUGGGGUCAUUCCUAAAGCUCUCAUGCCUCUCGAGAUAUCUGGUGAAACUGUUGGAGAAGUAAGGACUGUUUCGGACAUGCAUGAGCGUAAAGCUUCCAUGGCACGAGAAGCUGAUGCCUUUAUUGCUUUGCCUGGAGGAUAUGGAACAAUGGAAGAGCUGUUGGAGAUGAUAACAUGGGCCCAACUUGGGAUUCAUAAGAAACCAGUUGGUUUGCUAAAUGUAGAUGGUUAUUACAAUUCUUUGCUCGCACUAUUUGACAAUGGUGUCAAAGAAGGAUUCAUCAAGCCAGGUGCUCGGCAAAUAGUCAUCUCUGCUCCGACAGCCAAAGAACUUAUGACUAAGUUGGAGCAAUAUUCUCCUUCCCAUGAACAUGUUGCAUCUCAUGAAAGCUGGCAGAUGGAGCAGCUUGGUAAGUAUCCAGGCGAAGACCCUAAUGCAAGGUGAAAGUGUUAUUUUGUGGUAGGCCUUUCUAAUGUAUUUCCUGAUGUGAUUCAUCGGUGUUUGAAUUCCGUAGAAGAAAAAUGAUUCCAUUUAAAUGGGACCAGAUACUGUUCAUGUACUUUCAUUAUUCUCUCCAAUUUUAAAAUUUUAGCAAAUAUCAUCCU